UACCCUCCCUUGCGCUCUCUCUCUCUUGCUUCCCCUCUCUUUCCCUCUCUCACACAACUUCCCUGGAACCACCUUCCUUGUCCACACUGGCCCCGACCGUCUCUCCUGUCACCCGAGAUCCUCCUCAGUCUCCCUGUGUUUACCCGCGCGCCGCCUGGCAACCGUCCGCAUGCUCAGGAUUAUCGGAGGCCCUGCCUUUCAACGCCAGCGUCUCUGCCUUCCAGCAGCCCGAUUCUCUGGGAAAUACAGGGCUGGAGGUGCGAGUUGAGUGGGGCCGUGGAGGAGUGCUGUGAUUUAGGCUUCCCACCUCCGUGCUUUCUCUUUCACCCCCCUUUCUCCCCACUCUCUCUCUCUCUCUCUCUCUCUCUCUCUCUCUCGCUCCCUCUUUCUCCCUCCUCUGUGGUGCUCUCACUCGUGUUGACUUGGGAAGCUUUGGUCCAGCCAGGCGGACAGGGCCGGGUGGAUACCACGAACGAUGGAUCACUCUCUGUUCGGCUGUCUGCGCAGCCCUCAUGCCCCCACGCAGGGCCUACACCCCGCCUUCACGCAGUCGCCCCUCACCCUGCACGGGCGCUCUGACCACGUCUCCUACCCAGACCUGCCGGGUUCCUCGCCCACCUGCGGCUACCCGGGGGAGGACGUCUAUGGAGCGCCACCCCACCGAGGGCACCUGCCUCAGCAGCAUCCCCACCACCCGCAGCACCAGUCUGGAUGGCAUGUGCAGCAGAUGCCCUCGCCCAACGGCAGGCACGCCCUCUGCCUGCCACCGCCCGACACCUCCGCCCAGGAACUCUGUGCGGGAGCGGCCAAUCUCUGCGGCAGCAACAACCCCAGUCUGGGGAACAGUGACUCCGUGGGGGUGGCGUGCGUGUCCGGGGACUAUGGGCGCCAGACGGUAUCUCCAGAGCAUUCGGACAGGCGGAACAGUAAAGGGAAGAGUGAUAGCUCAGAUUCCCAAGACGGGAGCUAUAAGUCAGACGUGAACAGCAAACCCAGGAAGGAGCGCACGGCGUUCACCAAGGAACAGAUUCGGGAACUGGAGUCAGAGUUUGCACACCACAACUAUCUGACGCGACUGAGGCGCUAUGAGAUAGCUGUCAACCUUGACCUGACAGAAAGACAAGUCAAGGUGUGGUUCCAGAACAGGAGGAUGAAGUGGAAGAGAGUGAAGGGUGGUCAGCAAGGGGCUGCGGCUCGCGAGAAGGAACUGGUGAACGUGAAAAAAGGAACGUUGCUGCCAUCUGAGUUUUCCGGCAUGGUGGGAUUGCAUCACUCGCCACUAGCCAGCUCGCCCGCAAACGAGGACAGUCACGACAGUGACCAGAGCUCUGAGCAUGCCCACUUAUGACCCCUCUGCUGGCCACGCCCACCUGCCAGAGGCACCGCCUCCUCCUCUCUCAGGAAUCAGCUACAGGAGCUCUUCAGGAACACUGUUUGAUCAUCAACAAAGAGUGACCGGAGACGGAAGCUGACGUGGAAGAGAUGAUGAACGACUUGUUGUGUGCAGCAAGAUGUGUUAAACAGACGUGUCAAAAAUAUAUUAUUCUUGAUUUGAGCAAAGCCACCCCGAGACUGUACAUUGGGAUAAAAAUGUUGUGAACAUUCCACAGAUGCUUUGCAUUGAAAACUGGCUUGGAUUUUGCACUGUAGAGAAUUUGCUUACGUCAAAUUCUACUGUAAUAACUCAAAAAGGCGUGUA